UCUCUCUCUCUCUCUCUCUCUCUCUCUCUUUCCCUCUCUCUCUUUCUUUGGCUCCCUUCCGAAGCAGGGCAAGAGAACAAACUUUGCACCGGGGAGGGUUGGCUCAAGAGGCGGAAGCAAACGAGCACCGGCUCCAAACGGGAAGAAAAGACCUUGGGGCGGUUGCUUCGCAUUCACUCCAGCAGCUGCUACGGGCUUGCAAGGUGGCGAGGCUGGCCGGAGUAAGCUCCAGACGGGGUAGUAGUAGUAGAAGCCCGGGGUAGAGGGACACCCGCCACACCCCACCCCACCCUCAAAACCGGAGUAAAACAGCCGCCUUCCCUAUCCACCUGGACGAAAAACGCGCGCGAUCCCCGGCUCAGGAGCGCGCAAAGGGCCCCGUUCCGCGUUCCUUGCGCGAUCCAGAAACUCCAGGAGGAAAAAGGAAGGAGCAUGUGAUUCCCAACCCAGCGAGGUGGGGAAGACUUGGGACAGAAGGCGCUGUAAUUCGGAUCAAGCCGAAGGUAAAAGAGGAAUCUGGAAAGCUGGCUCACUUUUACCCUGGAUUACCCUGGAAUCUCUUAGUAGAAACAAGAUCUCCCUCGCUUCCUCUUCGGAGCAGGAAAAUGAGGACUUCGAGAAGCAGCCGCACACAACGAUGACCAAGACUUUAGGAUAGAGGUGGGGAAAGUACCAGGAACUUUGAGAAGAUGCUGGACCCUGAAGGAAGGGACGUGAUGGAGAAGCAAAAGGAGAGCAACCCGAAGGAAGGAGGAGGAGGAGGAGAGGUGUCGGUUCCUGCAAGCAACCUUCAGGACCAAAGACAAGCUUCCGAUGGCAACCAGUCCCCUCGUCCUAUCAGCCGGGCUGAAACCUUGAGCCUUCUCCGAGGUCAAUCGACCAACAGGAGUUGGGUGAGGAGGAAUUCGGCAAAGUGGGGGCCCGAAAUGAACCCAUCCCGCCUUUCCAUGUUUUGGAGCAGCACCAGGAGGAAAGGGUUGAAGGAGCUCCUCCUGCAGAGCAGUCAAGCCAGCCCCACCUGGCUUACACCUUCCCCCAAAGAGACCCUCUCGACGGCCGAGAGCCAACGGGGCGUAGAGGAUCCAUUCUCAGAGGUGAAUUCUGAAGAGCCGUGCUUAGCUCUGGACCCCUUGGAGCACGAAUGGAUGUUGACUGUGGCCCAAGGGGACGCCGAAAGCAUCCUCAACCUCUUAGCCAAGGAGCCCAGCCUGCUUUCCCGGAGAGACUUUGUGACCGGUUUUACUGUCCUUCACUGGUUGGCCAAACACGGCCGUCACGAAGAUUUGAUCGAGGUGAUGUCCUUUGCAGAGAGGAACGGCUGCCCAACCAACGUCAACGUACUCACGGCCAGUGGGAGGAUGACCCCUCUGCACUUGGCUGCCCUUCAGGGCCACGUGAUGACCGUCAAGAUCCUAGUAGGAGCCUUUGGGGCCAAUACCAACCUCAGGGACCACAAUGGGCGCAAAGCCUGGCAGUACCUCCACGCCAAUGCUCCUAGAGAGUUGAAGGAACUUCUGGGAGCUACCGAAGAAGACUUGGCCAUCUCUGGAGCAGGGAACACCAACAAUAAUUGCGCUCCUUCCCGAUGGGGUUGGAUGAUCGGGGCCUUUAGGACAGAAUACGCAAGUGCUGAGGCUCCAGGGCCAGGCCAGAGGAGCAGUCCCAUGGGAUCUUAUUUCAGGAACAUCUUCAGGCAAGCUGUUGCAUUCUUCCAAGAUCAUUAGAGGUCUCCUAGGUGGGUUAGUGGUGUUUGUGUUCUUGGCUUGGAUUGAUCCUCAUUGUUUGGACCUAGGCUUCCCCAAUAGCACGAAGCCGACUCCUGGUCCCAAUAAACCCCUUUUAUUUAUUUUAC